UUACUACAACUGAAUCAGACUAAGGCUAACGGCUAGCCAACCACCAGCGCAUCUGACAGCUUGAGUGAAUUAACGCAAACUGGAACAUCGGCACGGACUUUACUGCCGACCUGGGCCUUUAUAGUGUUAUUUUAGUCUGACCCGUCCCACAUUUUGGAGCGGGGGUGUUGUGGGGAAGCCACGUGUACAGGAACUGGAGCCUGACAGCUCUGACUGACUGGAUCCACCGCAGGUCUGUAUAACAUCAGCUAGCAGGUACUAGCCGCCUCUCACUCCCCAAGUUGUUUCAACUUCCCCGGAGAGUCGUCUCCAGUUACCGGGCCUGACAGGCAAUCAUGGCUGUUUGGAGGAAACUGAGGUGUAGAAACCUCAUGGCUGCAUCUGUGCUUUUCUACAUCCUGCUCCACACCAUGGACGUGCAUGCACGGCCAGCCAACAUGUCAGCCUUUAAAGAUAAGCCACCAGCCAGCAAAGACGAGAACGAGAUUCUUCCCCCAGACCACCUGAACGGGGUAAAGAUGGAGAUGGACGGGCACCUCAACAAGGACUUCCAUCAGGAAGUGUUCCUGGGGAAAGAGAUGGAGGAGUUUGACGAGGAUUCAGAGCCGAGGAGGAACAGGAAGAAGCUCAUUGACAUUUUCACCAAAGUUGAUUUCAACAAGGACAGGAGUGUCAGCGCUAAGGAGAUGCAGCGCUGGAUUAUGGAGAAGACGGAGGAGCACUUUCAGGAAGCCAUGAAGGAGAACAAGAACAGUUUCCAUGCAGUUGACCCAGAUGGAGACGGUCAUGUGACAUGGGAUGAAUACAGAAUCAAAUUUCUGGCCAGCAAAGGUUUCAAUGAAAAAGAAAUUGCUGAGAAAAUAAAGAAUAAUGAAGAUUUGAAACUGGACGAGGAAACUCAGGAGGUUUUGGAAAGCCUGAAGGACCGCUGGUUUCAGGCUGACAACCCUCCAUCUGACCAGCUGCUGAACGAGCAGGAGUUCCUCUCUUUCCUCCACCCUGAGCACAGCAGAGGCAUGCUCAAAUACAUGGUCAAGGAGAUCGUUCGGGACUUAGACCAGGACGGUGAUAAGAAACUGACCUUGUCAGAGUUCAUUUCUUUACCUGUGGGCACCGUGGAGAACCAGCAGGCUCAGGACAUCGACGACGACUGGGUGCGAGAGAGGAAGAAGGAGUUUGAGGAAGUCAUUGAUUCAGACCACGAUGGCAUCGUAACUAUGGAGGAACUGGAGGAGUACAUGGACCCAAUGAACGAACACAACGCUUUGAAUGAGGCCAAGCAGAUGAUUGCCGUUGCAGACGAGAAUCAGAACCAUAAUUUGGAGCUGGACGAGAUCCUCAAGUACAGCGAAUACUUCACAGGCAGCAAGCUCAUGGAUUACGCCAGAAAUGUUCAUGAGGAGUUCUGAAGACAAAGUCAUCCUCUCCUCUGUCUGCUCAGCGAGGCAGAGGGCGGCAUCCUACAUCUGCUUCAGGGACAAGCCAGGGAAAGGGUGGGGUGGGUGGAUGGGGAAGCCUGAUGAUAGGAUGUCCUAGUGUGCAAUUCUGUGUUCAAAGCCUAGCCUCAACGGCCUCUUUCACUGCUGACUCCAGUUAAUACACAUUUCUUUCAAGCCUGGACUAUCAGCAGAGUUAACACAGUCUGCCUUCUGUGUGUCAUUGGACUUUUUGAUCUUUAAACGUUGAGGCGCUGCAUCAACUCUAAAUUUACUUGUGCUAUAAUGUGAAAUGUGUGUAUAUGAGGAAUUUUAACCCUGACUAGAUUUUCUGUUCUGGUGCAGUGGUGAGAGAGACUGCUAGGCAGCUAGGCGAGCUAUUUGUGCUGCAGGAUCUGUUGUUUCUAGCUGGCGUGUCUGUAUACAGUGUAAAUAUUCAUUGUCUCGCACCAAUGCCUUUGUCCGAGAGAAAAGCUGAAAAAAUAAAUAUAUAAUGCUGCUGAAAGGAACAACCCAUGUAGAGAUAUCAUAUCAUUAUUAAAAAAAGUUUAAUGGUGUCACACAACACUAUCUGCUACUGCUACAUUCCCUGAAUUCAAAGGUGAUUUUGUCAUCAAUGUUGCACAAGUUCACUGGUCUCCAUUAUGAAUAGCAUCCGUCCUUCUACAGUACUUAUGAACAGGGUAUUGGUUGUGUAAAAAUAGAAGUAUACAUUUAAAAAAUGCCUCAAUAACAAUAAUAAUACUUCUACGUAGCACAGACUUUUCAUUAACAGUUUAUUGUCAGAGUAAUAAAAACUUAAAAUGGAGGAAAACAGAUUAAUAUAUAAGAAGAAUGUGUCUUUUUCACUGCAGAUGUUUGGACUGAUUGAAGGAAAAAGCACCAGUUUCCAAAACAUUAACGAUUAAAUGGAAGCUGUUGUUAACGUAAUUUCGUUUCACCUGUGUGUUUCAGGUCAGAAUGUCUCCUGUUGUUUUGUUCUACAAUCUAAAUCAUGCUGUUGUUAAGAUGUGGAUUAAGAUGAGUUCAUUUAUUUGACCAGUGUAGUUAGUAUCAGGUGCAUCUUUAAACUUUACACAGGUUUGGACUUAUUUUUUUCUAUUAUAUUGGAGGCCGGUGUUGGUGUCUUUGUCCUGGUUCACAAAGAGCUGAAAGUUACCCGUUAAAAUUUGAAUGUCUUUAGUUGAAUGAUUUAAUUCCACUUGUACCAUGUUUAUAAAUGCAUGAUUAAACAAUGGAAUUACAUUCCUCUGUUUUUUUUUUCCUUCAAUAACCUGUGGAAGCGUAUGGAUCCUGCUACAGUCUCCUCUGUCCUUGGUCCUGUUCAGAUUGUAAAAUAAGAUUUAUGAUAAACAGAAUGUGACACAGCUUUAUAAAAUGUAUUGCAAACAUACUGGUAAACAAUAAAUAUUUCUUAUCAAGUAAA